CGCACAAAUAACAAUAGCAAUGCCUGACAACCUGUUACUCGACAAUGGCCAAGGAGUGAUCGAUCCCGAUACUUACUUUGAAACAAACAGUCCUCCUUCAAAUCUGAAUGAAUAUGACGAAAAGACAUCUGAAUUUGUAAAGUACCACGGUGCUCGAGGCACGCCAGUUGUACUCAUCACCAGUGGUGGUACUAUGGUUCCACUAGAAAACCAGACUGUGCGGUUUAUUGACAACUUCAGUGCCGGAACGCGCGGGGCUGUCUCAGCGGAAAAGUUUCUAGAGAAUGGCUAUGCUGUGAUUUUCAUGCACCGUCAGUUCAGUCUUCAACCCUACAGUAGACACUAUACACACUCAGCAAACGGUUUUCUGGAUUACAUGACCUUGAAUGAAGAGGGUAAAAUCGAAGUUGACGCAAAAUACGCACCUUCCAUGACCGAAACUUUAGUGAAAUACAACAAAGCGCGCAACAACAACAUGCUGCUUUUGGUCGACUUCGUUACUCUUAGUGAUUACUUGUUCAAAUUGAAGAGCUUUACCAGGAUAAUGGCUACGCUAGGUCGAAGUGCCAUGUAUUAUCUUGCAGCAGCCGUGAGCGACUUCUUUAUUCCCGUUGAAAAGAUGGCCGAGCACAAGAUCCAGUCAAGAGACGGAGCAUUGACAUUGACUUUAGACCAAGUUCCCAAAUUUCUCAAGCCUUUGGUUAGCGUAUGGGCGAGUAAUGGCCUGAUUGUGUCGUUCAAGUUGGAGACAGAUGGAAACUUGUUGGUACCAAAGGCUAGACAAGCGUUAGAGAAAUACGGACAUCAAAUUGUCAUUGGCAAUAUGCUCUCCACUCGCAAAAAGACAGUGACCUUCAUUACACAGGACUCAGAACGUGUCAUGUCAUUGGAUCAAGAAGAGUUGGAUAAGGAUGUUGAAAUUGAGAGCAAGAUUGUACCGGAAUUAAUUAGAUACCAUAGAGCAUGGAUAAACCAUGGAACAUUAGAUGUAUAAUGAUCACUUUUUUAUUUUGAAGUUACUAACAUAUUAAAUAAGGCUAUUCCUUGAAGAUGAAUGCAUCCGCGUCCAUGUUUUUUCGGCCUCCGUAAAAAUAAGUGCCAGAAAAA